CCGGAAGGGCGGUGACGGCGGCAGGACUCAGCGGGACAACUACGCAGGGUCCUCGCACGCGACCCACGUGGGCAGCAGCCGGAGCCGCGAUCCUGGGACCUGAUCUGUCCGGACUUCCCCGGGAUUCGUCGGUGUCUCCUUCGGGUCACCCCACUGUCUCCCACGUCCUACCAGCAUGGCAGCAGCCGACGGUUUGCUUCUCAACGUUUCGGAGUCCCCGGCCGCCGCCACCAGGACGUUCUCCAGACCUUUCCGAGCCCAGGCGAGGCGGCAAGCAAAGGCUACCAAAAGAAAAUACCAAGCAUCCAGUGAGGCUCCCCCAGCAAAACAGAGGAAUGAAACAUCAUUUCUCCUAGCCAAGAAAACUAGUAUUGAAGAAACUCAAAGGACUUUUAAGGGGAAGGCACAGAAAACAUUUUCUCUAAAGAAGUACUUGGCUAGCACAAAUGAUAUAAACUGCGAGGAGAAACCAUGCUUUAAGACUUCAUCUUUGUUUAAAAACAAUCCUGAAAUUCCAGAACUCCACAGACCUGUAGUAAAGCAGGUGCAAGAAAAAGUAUUUACUUCAGAUGCGUUUUGUGAACUGGACCUCCACCCACAUUUAAUUUCCACAAUAAACUCAGUCUUAAAAAUGUCUAGUAUGACCAGUGUUCAGAAGCAAAGUAUUCCUGCAUUGCUGGAAGGCAGAGAUGCCCUUGUGAGAUCCCAGACAGGGUCAGGUAAAACUCUUGCCUAUUGCAUCCCUAUGGUCCAGUCCCUUCAAGCAAUGACAUCAAAAAUACAGCGCAGUGAUGGUCCCUAUGCUGUGGUACUAGUGCCAACAAGGGAGCUGGCUCUACAAAGCUUUGACACUGUCCAGAAACUGCUUAAGCCAUUUACAUGGAUUGUGCCUGGAGUAUUAAUGGGAGGAGAGAAGAGAAAAUCAGAAAAGGCCAGACUUCGCAAAGGAAUAAAUAUACUUAUCUCAACUCCUGGACGUCUGGUGGAUCAUAUAAAAUCCACAAAGAACAUUCAUUUUAGUCGGAUCCGUUGGCUGAUUUUGGAUGAAGCAGACAGAAUCUUGGAUUUGGGUUUUGAAAAGGACAUCACCAUGAUCCUCAACGCUGUAAAUGCAGAAUGUCAGAAACGACAGAACAUCUUGCUAUCAGCAACACUCACAGAAGGUGUAACACGGCUAGCUGAUAUCAGUUUGCAUAACCCUGUCAGUAUUUCUGUACUGGACGAAAGCCAUGGCCAGUCUAAAUCAAUGGGCAAAGCCAUCCCUGAAGUCUGUCAUCCCCAAACUAGCAUCAAGCUGGACAACUUUGCAAUACCAGAGAGUCUCGAUCAGCAUGUGACACUUGUUCCCAGCAAACUGAGGCUUGUCUCCCUAGCAGCCUUUAUCCUUCAGAAAUGCAAGUUUGAAAAAGACCAGAAGAUGAUUGUCUUUUUCUCAAGUUGUGAGCUGGUGGAGUUCCACUACAACCUCUUCCUCCAGACCCUGCUGAACAGCACUGGGGCCCCAGCAUCAGGGCAGUUACCAUCUGCCUCCACGCGAUUAAAAUUCCUACGGCUGCAUGGCAACAUGGAACAGGAGGAAAGAACAGAGGUUUUUCACGAAUUCUCACAUUCCAAAACAGGCGUCCUUCUUUGCACGGAUGUUGCUGCUCGGGGCUUAGAUCUCCCUCAAGUUACGUGGAUUGUUCAGUACAACGCUCCAUCUUCACCAGCAGAAUAUAUCCACCGAAUUGGAAGAACUGCCCGGAUUGGCUGCCAUGGGAGCAGCCUGCUCAUUUUGGCUCCUUCAGAGGCAGAAUAUGUCAACUCGUUGGCUUCUCACAAAAUCAAUAUUUCUGAGAUUAAGAUGGAAGAUAUUUUGUCUGUUUUGACAAGGAAUGAUUGUUUUAAAGGAAGACGAUGGGGAAACCAAAAAUCCCAUGCUGUUGGCCCCCACCAAAUCCGCGAGCAAGCCACAGUCUUGCAGACAGUAUUUGAAGAUUACGUGCACUCCAGUGAGAAGAGGGUCUCCUGGGCAAAGAAAGCUUUGCAGUCUUUCAUCCGAGCCUAUGCAACCUAUCCCAGGGAGUUGAAGCAUAUCUUCCAUGUCCGAUCCCUCCACCUGGGGCAUGUGGCUAAGAGCUUUGGGCUAAGAGAUGCCCCCACAAAUCUUAAUGUCUCAGCUAUAAAGAAAAGGAAAACAAAUCAGAAAAGGCCUGACCUUCAUAAGAAGACCCAGAGUAAACACCGCCUUGCUGAAAUCUUGCGUUCAGAAUACUCAAGUGGGAUGGAGGCUGGCAUCGCCAAGGUCAAAAAGCAAAACAAACACAGAAAACCCGGCAACCAGCCACUGCAGAGCUGAGCUGCAGCCUGCGUUCAGCAUUUGCUGUGGGAAAAAAAUUAAAAACUUCUCUGUGAAAUGUUGGAAAAACUCACAAAAAGCUUACUGAAGGAUGGCAACUUACCAGAAAGUUUUUUAAAACUGUCUCCACAGGACUGGGCCUCAGUGUGGAUCCUAGAGGCCCAGGUGGCACUGAAUUGACCCCCUAUUCUUAUCAAAGGAGCCCUGUGAAAUUAACUGUGGUUCCUUUCCCCGAAUACUAAAGCUAUCCUAGAAGCCACAGUUCUUAUCUUUCAUGGGGGGAGCUCUGAUAGAAAUUAGUAGGGAGGGCUGGUAUGAAUUACAAUAUGAAUUAGCAAUUAACUUAUAUUUAUUUCAUCAGUGCCAGUCUCUUAUCUUCACCCAGGAGCCAACUUGCCAUAGAUUAAAUUGUGCCCCCAUAGCUUAAAUGUAAAAGCCUAAUGUACUGUGCUUCAGCCUGAAGGAAUUUUAUUCUGCCCUGUAACAAUGUUCUAAAGAAGUUUCAUAGCUUUACUUUAGCCCUAACAAUGUAUAUAAUUGGCAUAAAUUUUGUGGAGUAGAAUUUUAGAAUUGAAUUUGUACAAAAAGAAAAAAAACUAUUUUUCAAAUAAUCAUUUACCUUAUGUAAAAAUGCGUUGUUAAAAGGGACCAAAAUAGUUUUUGGUAAGGGUCAAAGUUGCUACAAUGUUUUCAGGCAGGUGACCCCUCCUACUUUGUAUAAGUAUUUUGCUAUCAACAUGUCGUAUUUACAUACAUUACUCUCUUUCAUGUCCACUGAAAACUUAUUCUCUCAGGGAUCAUUGGUUUGAUUUACUGUUGCCUUUUUUAUUUUACGUAAAGUCAGAAGGCACCAGUGUCCCAAGUCAUCAUUGUCUACCCCACCCACCCCCCACCCCCCACCCAAUCUUGUCUUCUAUAAAGAUCUGGGACUCUUUGUAUUGUGACCCAGGUGACAGCUGCCCCUCCCCUAUUGUGUUUUCCUGGAAAUUUGAAAGGGGACCCAUGGGGUGUAUUGAUUUCCCAAUAAAUGUAAGAUUUGGACACAGGCAGCUCUAGAGGGGUCCAAAAGAAAAGGUUAAAAAGCCUCAGCACCUCUUGUUUUGGCGUUGCUCUUGUUCUCUUCACUCUUUCUCUCAUUUCAGUUUUCCUUGUGCCUCCUCCUCUCUAAUUACUGAGUCGGCCACCCCUUGCUGUUCCUGCUACUGUGUGUUGAGGGCCCAUUUCAGUAGAAACUCCAAAUCCAAAUGAACUAAAUGGCCAGGAAAAGAUCAUGAGGUUUGGCAAGGUGGGCCUUUCGUUGGUGACUAAGGGGGGUCAGCAUUCUUAUCUCCGUACCCUCUCAGAUGGCAGGCAGGCAGACUCAAGAUGAAUGACAGCUGAAACCUCUCUAGAAAGGACUCUGCUGUGAGGGCCUAGUAGAACAGCUCUUCUUCAACAGGAAAAAUAUGACUUCAGAGUUGGCUGUCACAGAUGAAUUUAUAGGGAUGGCUGGUGAAAUUUGUAACAAUAAUUAAAAAAAAAAAAAAAAGCCUGCAGCACAUGUCAAACUGACUUUGGGCAAAUCUGCCACUUUUCUUAUAUUUGGAUGAAAAAAAGGAGGGAUCAAACAUGAUAGACAAAACCCAGCUGUGUGGGAAACAGGAUUAAUGCCAGUGAUUGGGGAUGAUCAAAGCAAAAAAAACCAUGGUUUUUUUCCCAGAGUGCCCAUUCCAUUAAAGGAAUCAGCAGAGUUCUGCAUUCCUGAGGGGAGAAGUGCUGGAACCUUGCAAUGUGUGUAAAGGCCAUAAUUCCGAGAUCAAAACUUACACUGCACUUGCUAGCAUUUAAGUUAGGAGUUCUUGCCGUAGAUGCUAUGUGGGCCUGUUUCUAACUAGAAUCAGUGUAUUAACCCAAGCUAAUAAAAAAAACAGGGAUUUAGCAGAUUUAGGGUUAAUAUUGUCUAAAUUUAAAUAACCUUAAAAUAAUCUUUCUUAUGGCUCUUGACAGAUUAUACAUUUCAGGUAUCAAUUAGGCAAAGCUUUAGCCUAAUUCCACUGUACAUAUUCUAAUUUUGUGUGUAUUUUCAAUCAUGCCUCUUUUUCUGAUUUCCCAGACUUAUGCAUUUCUGUGUGCCAUACACUUGAUUCUCAUACUGAAAGUCACAGAGAAUUUGGACAUUUAAUGGUGUGUUGCAGCCGAAAGCUUUUCCCCCAGUGUCUUGUACAAUGCCUUUUUUGAAUCCAAAGCAUCUUCAUGUUUGCACCCCUACCCUGCACGUCUUCAGAAGGGCCCCCCCAUUCUCAUGCACUAAAGGGCAGAGAUCCCUUGGUGAAUGAGGGGGCCUGUGUGUGAUCCAAUUAAGUCAGUGCUGAUGCAAUGCAAAUGGCAUCUUCCACUCCUAUAGAAGCAAAGAGUCAACCACAUCUCAGUGGACAUUUUUGGACAAAGCCCAGUGAAUUCUUUUGAUUUUUUUUCCUGGAUUGAAGGGAAGUGAGAUUUAGGGAAGAAAGAGAAAUAAAUAAGAGCCCCUCAAGGCAGGUAUAUCCCAAACUGCUAGUGGUCUCACUAUUUAGCACUUCAGACCCUCAACGUAAAGUCAGCGGAAGCCAUUAAAAUACAACGAUCACUUCCUAGAGACAGAAAUUUAAGACAUUUCAUUGGGGAAACCCAGCUUAAAAAGGGUACUUUAACUGGUCUUGUUAAAAUGGUUCUAUGACCGUUACACUUUAUCUCUUAAUCUGCUCCACCCUAGGAAAAAUUCAGAGCAAGACCUGUCAGUGUGGGGGCAGUGGGACAUCCUUAAAAUGAGCUCGACUUCUCAAAAAUGAUUAUCCAGAAGCCUGCACCUAAGGGCUAGUAGGGGAAUCCAAACUUCUUUUAAACU